GCCUCAGCCUCCCAAAGUGCUGGGAUUAGAGGUGUGAGCCACCGCACCCAGCCAAGAUGGGAGUAUUCUUAUGGCCAUUUUACAGAUGGGAAAACAGGCUCAGCGCAAUUGAGCAACUUGCCCAGCUAGGAGCAGCAGCAACACGAGGCCCUCCAGCUGCGGGAGCCACCCCAUGCCUGGCCAACGUUGGCGACCCGUGUCCCCUUCCUCCGUGCUGGGGGCCCAGGGCUUGUGGCAGUCCAGCUUCACCCUCAGGAGUGGCCCGAACCCUGCUGGGCCCAGGCUCCCUUCUCACCAUCCUGAAUAGUGACUUUCCUGAGCCUCUGGCCCUGCUGAGAUUUCAGGGCCUCAUUCCAGUGCCCCAAGGAGGAUUCAAACUGCUGGGGCUGGAAGAACUUGGUGGCCUGAGUCCCUGGAGCCCUGUUGAAGGAGCUGGUGACAUCCAGAUGCUGGAGGCAGGUGGCAGGGAGCACAGACUUUGUGUCCUGCACACUGAGCUCCAAGUGUGCCCCAGCCACUGUGAGCCUUGUGACUUGAGCAGACGUCUGAAGCCGUUUCUUCAUCCCAUGAGACCAAUAACACCGUCUGCCUCAGAACAUAGCCGUGAUCAAGAUGAGCACGGAGGCUCGUGUCCCGGCACCUGGCACACAGUCACAGGAUGGCAGGAUGCUCAUCUCCAGGUGUGGCCUGAAGGGAAAAGUGUGGAUAUUUUGGUGUGAUCAAGGAAAUGGAACUAUGCUAACCAGUUGCCUUUGUCCAGGAAGGGCUGGCUCCCUUAGGACGCCCACACGGAGCAUGAGGCUGGGCCAGGCACCCCCAGAGGUCCCUGCCUUGGCAGGUUCUGUUUUACCUGUUGAACGAGACACUGUAUGGGGAAGUGACAUGCGCAGUGCCUGGCCCAGCUGCUUCGCUUCCUCAGGUUCCGGGGAUGGGAUGGGACAGAAAAGCUGGCUUCUCGGUCGGUGGCAUUCUCCAGCAAAGCAGAAGGGAUGGUCCUGGCAGCCCCGUGCUCAGCACUGGACCCCGUGCCCUCCCCGGCUCUCCCAGCCCGGAGGUCCCAUUGGUUAUCAAACCUGGUUUUUUGUUUUUGUUUUGAGACAGAGUCACUCCGUCGCCCAGGCUGGAGUGCAGUGGUACGAUCUUGACUUACUGCAGCCUCCACCUCCUGGGCUCAA